GUAUCAUACAACAAGGACGUUUACGCCAUAAAGACUUUUCUUUGAGAAAUCGGGAGGCUUUUCAAGAAAAAUCAGAGUUUCUAUCAAACAAGAGUACGCGCAUCAAGGGCAGCAAAUCAAAUGUAAAAGCUUAUCCAGAUUGCAACAUAUUAAAGAGGGCAAGGAAGAGCUACCUCAAAUAUUUGUGGAAAGAAAAGGAGAAUCAAGAAUUCUACGGCUGAAAUUGAAGAAACAUGAGUGCAAGCAAUUCCUCUAAUGAAAUCACAGCUGACCCCCUCGGACGAAGCGAUGUCCAAAUCGGGGUUGAAGUCGCCUUCGCUGUGUUGAUCUGUCUGAUCAGCUUUAUUGGAAAUUCCUUGGUUGUUUACGCCAUUCACCGCGAUCGCAGACUUGACACCAUAACGAAUAUGUUGAUUGAAAAUCUGGCGUUCAGCGAUAUUCUUAUGGCGUUGCUGCAUAUGCCAUUUUGGAUAGUAAGUCUUCGGUAUGGAAAAUGGAUCUUUGGUCACGUGCUUUGUCAGAUGGUUGGGGUCACACAACUCAUUUUUGGAAUUGUGUCACUGUUGACAAUGACAGGAAUUGCUAUCAAUCGUUACUUCAAGGUCGUCAAACGCAAACUGUAUAUUAAGUUCUUCUCCAACAGGAAAGCAACAUACGCGGUUAUUGCGUUUUGUUGGUUCGCAUCUACUGCUGUAAACACACCGCAAUUGUACGGCUGGGGAAAAAUUGACUAUCAUGUCAAUUUCUCCGAUUGCACCUGCGUCUGGGCUUUGGAUGAUGUAUCAUUCAUCAUAUUUUUGUGCGCUGCUACAAUCUUCAUUCCAGCCACAAUCAUAUUCAGCUGCUACUUUGUGAUUUACAGAACUGUCCGUGAGAGCGCACGUCGUGUACACGGGCACGCAGCCUUACCGAACGCCACCAAAACCGAAGACAAGACCGAAAACAAAGUUUUGAAAACAUCGCUAGUGGUGGUUUGUGUCUACAUGAUUUGUUGGACCCCUCUGUCAGUAAUUGGCUUCAUAGAGGUUUUCGGAUCAAGAAGUCCACGAAUAUUUUAUUACCUGGCUUACGUCCUCGUCUACUGCAGUAAUAUGACGAAUCCGUUCAUUUACGGGAUAAUGAACCCCCAGUUCAAGAACGCAUUUGCUUGUAUACUGCAACUACGGGAUUCUACUGCUAGUGAAGCCGAAAGAGUGUCGGUAUCGCGAAAUAUAGCUUCUAACGUGGACCUGGCAGAAACGUAUAUUUCAACUGCACAAGCAGUGCCAGUGUAAACUAGUCAUCAUUACGCUUAUCGCUUUCAUGGAAGGAAAAGUAUCUGCAAACAUCUAUAGUCAUAGCAGUUUUGUUUAGGGAAAGAUUUCUGAGGCACACUCUAGUAAGCGGACAGUUCUCUGCUCUGGCCGCCCUGGACGCGUCACAACAAUAAGAUAUGUGGAAAUUGUUUUUAGCUGAAAUUAGAAUAUGUUGAUAAUUUGGCAAGGUAUACAGGCAUCAAGCAAAGAAGAACAAACAAAACCAGGAGUUGAAGGAUAUUAAGAUAUUUUACGCAGAUUGUAAGCUCGAAAAUUUAAAGCUAAUUUGUUAGGUGUUUGCAAGGUGAAGAGCUCUUCUAUUUCAAAUUUAGUUCUUCAUAGUUUCGUCAAACUACGAAAAAAACAGCCCGAACGCUUAUUUGUUUUGUUUUGUUUUUUUUAUUAUUAUUUUGACUAUUUUUCUAAGAGCCCGAAUGGCAAUAGCACGAGUAAGGUGGUGAGCUUUGUAGUGAAGAGAUUGUUACAACACAUAGUUUAAUAUCUUUUUCGCUUUUUCCCACGCCAAAUACCGUGCGUUUCAUUCAUAGGAAUUUAAUGACUUUGUCCAUUUUGAUUAAGUUAUUCAUUUAAAAGUCUAUAAAGUAAUAUCAUGAUAUCUCCAUAAUUUGCAUACCUUUUCUUUAUGGAUUUGCCCAAACGGAAUCCCAGACGUGGUGAGAAGCUGAUCCGUUAAUAAAACGAAAAAAGUUGUUUGAGUAAGAAGACGCAUUCAUCAUAAGUCUUAAUCCCAAAUCUCUGCAUAAUACGAAUCCCCCCCCCCUCUCCUUUUCCAAAAAGAGGAACUAGAACAAGCCACUAGAACAAGAACUAGAACUGAGUUAAACAACGGGACAAGUAAAGCAUCAAUUAGCAAGUAAAGCAUCAAUUAGCUUGUUGAAUAAGUGAAUAAAUAAACAAAAUUAACACACUGUGUUGUCGAUCAUGAUCCGCUCAAGGCUCAACAAGCCCUUAAUGUUAAUAGAUAACCAGAAUAUUGUAUCUGAAUUGAUUGUGUAGUACAUUUAACAAUUUUACUUUGAAAAUAUACGAAGAUUGAUGUGUUUGAUGACAUUUCCAAGCAACUUAUGCGGCAUUGUGAUAAGAGUUUAUCUAAAGUAGUCUAAGUUUAGUAUAUAAAAAAUAUCUAAAACAAAAUUAACUAGCAAAAAGAACAAUAUAACGAUAAAUUACGUGUAAGGCCCGGAUGAUAUAUUUUAGGUCAGGUCUUUUGGGAUUCUGACGAUUUGUACAUUACUCAUUACGAUGACAACACUUUCCUAGCUAGGAAAUCAGAAGUAAAUAGCGUGGUAAUGUAAAAAGGUAAUAAAAAGGUUGAAUAAAUUAAAAGCG